AUGUCGGCUACCAACAACUCCAGCGGAGAUUAUUCCGUCACGUGUGAUGCAAUUAUUGUUGGAGCUGGCCUCAGCGGAAUCUCUGCUGUAUACAAACUGCGCAAGCUUGGACUCAACGCCAAAAUAUUUGAGGCAGCCCCAGAUUUUGGUGGCGUGUGGUAUUGGAACCGCUACCCUGGCGCCCGUGUUGACUCGGAGACGCCAUUCUACCAACUGAAUAUUCCGGAAGUCUGGAAAGACUGGACCUGGUCUUGCCGCUAUCCUGACCAGAAAGAGUUGCUGGCAUAUGUCCACCACUGUGACAAGAUUCUGGGAUUAAGAAAAGACGUCUACUUCGGGGCUAAGGUGGUUGAUGCGCGGUAUGGUGAGAAAUUGGGCAUCUGGACUGUCAAGACCGCCGCAGGCCACACUGCGACUGCAAAGUAUCUCAUUCUAGCUGCAGGUUUGCUCCAUAGAAAGCACACUCCCGCAUUCCACGGCCUGGCCAAUUUCAAUGGGAAGGUUAUUCAUUCGAGUGCCUGGCCUGAAGACUUCAGCGCAAAGGAUCAGAGAGUCGCUGUCAUUGGUGCCGGGGCUACAAGUAUCCAGAUUGUCCAGGACUUAGCCAAGAAAGCUGACCAAGUAACAAUGUUUAUGCGAAGGCCUAGCUAUUGUCUGCCGAUGCGGCAACGAACGAUGGAUAAGAACGAGCAGACGGCUUGGAAGGCCUACUAUCCAAGGUUGUUUGAAGCGAGCCGAAAGUCUCGGAUUGGUUUCCCGGUCCAGGCGCCGUCUGUCGGCAUCUUUGAGGUCAGCCCGGAGGAGCGGGAGGCGUAUUUCGAAGAGCUAUGGGAACGUGGUGCUUUUAAUUUCCUUGCUGGCCAGUACCGAGAUGUCAUGGUCGACAAAAAUGCUAAUAAACUUGUUUACGACUUCUGGGCCAGGAAGACUCGAGCUCGCAUCUUCAAUCCCGUGAAGAAAGAUCUCAUGGCCCCUCUAGAGCCGCCAUACUGGUUCGGCACCAAGCGCUCCCCACUUGAGAGCGACUACUAUGAAAUGCUAGACAAACCGAGCGUCGAAAUUGUAAAUCUAAACCAAACGCCCAUUGUGACUGUCACAGACACAGGUGUGCUCUUGGGCAACGGCAGCAAGCGGGAAUUCGACACCAUAGUGCUGGCGACAGGUUUCGACAGUUUCACCGGCUCAUUGACACAUAUGGGCUUGAAAAACAAGCACGGAGUCGAUCUGAAGGAGGUAUGGAAAGAUGGGAUUUCUACUUAUAUGGGAGUCUUCUCUCAUGGCUACCCAAAUGCCUUUUUCGUGGCCACUGCUCAAGCUCCGACUGCCCUUUCGAACGGCCCAACGAUCAUAGAAACCCAGGUCGACUUGAUGGCUGAUACGAUUGCAAAGCUCGAGGGCGAGCACUCCAUGUCAGUCGAGGCGACGAAAUCAGCACAAGAGACGUGGUCGGAAUUGAUUGCCAAGAUGAACGAGCACACUCUGUUCCCUUUGACGGAUUCCUGGUGGACUGGAGGCAACAUUCCUGGGAAAGCUGCGCGGGCCUUGACUUUCAUAGGCGGGAUUGACCUUUAUGAGCAGGUCUGUCGAGAGAAGGUGGACAGUUGGGAGGGAUUUGAUGUGCUUACCAAGGGGUCAGUAUUAUAA